UAGCUCGGCGUGCACGGUACAACUAGGUACAAUUCCAUUGUUUGCACAUUAAUUUUCAUUCAUACACUGCAUGCAAUCAUGGCGAGCGCAAGUGGCGAUCAGGCGACGAGGCUGUACCAUCCAAACCCAGAACUGCAGAAAAAUGCACACGUUAAGUCGAUCGAAGAUUACAAGAAACUCUACGAUCAAUCUAUCAACGAACCUGAGGUAUUCUGGAGUAAAAUAGCGGAGCAAUUUUACUUCAAAACCCCACCGACGGAGGGCAAGUUCUUGGAGUAUAAUUUCAAUGUGAAUGACGGGCCGGUGUUCGUGAAGUGGUUCCAGGGCGCUACAACUAAUGUCUGCUACAAUGUUCUUGAUCGUCAUGUGGAGAAUGGUCUUGGUGAUCGCAUUGCUUUCUAUUGGGAAGGCAAUGAUCCAGAUGACAGUUCAAAGGUCACCUACGGUCAGCUUCUCAAAGGGGUCUGCAAGUUUGCUAACGUCCUGAAGCAACAUGGUGUAAAGAAAGGAGACCGUGUAGCCAUUUACAUGCCCAUGAUCCCUGAGCUGGUAAUAGCCAUGUUGGCUUGUGCUCGUAUUGGAGCUAUGCAUUCCAUUGUGUUUGGAGGGUUUUCAUCGGACUCUCUUUCUGGCCGAAUGUUGGAUGCCAAAUCCUCUAUUCUUAUCACAGCAGAUGGUGUAUACAGAGGAACUAAAUUGGUCAAUCUCAAGCAGAUUUCAGAUGAAGCCGUCACCCUCUGCAAGAAGCAGGACUUCACUGUAGAGAAAGUGUUUGUCGUACGUCAUCUUGGAUCAGCUGAGGCUUCAAGCAAUGGUGAUCGAUCAUCACCAGUAGCCAAACGUCCAUGCUACUCGCUCACGACUGAUUUCCAUGAAGGUCGUGAUGUAUGGUGGCAUGAUGUAAUGGAAGGAGCAAGUGACAAGUGUGAACCAGUCUGGUUGGAUGCUGAGGAUCCUUUAUUCAUGCUGUACACAAGCGGUUCAACCGGUACACCUAAAGGAGUCGUCCACUCUCAGAUGGGCUAUCUACUCUAUGCUGCUACAACAUUCAAGUAUUCAUUUGAUCAUCAUAAAGACGAUAUCUACUGGUGUACAGCUGAUAUAGGCUGGAUUACUGGACAUACCUAUGUAUGCUAUGGUCCUAUGGCCAACGGAGCUACCAGUGUUAUGUUUGAAGGAGCACCGCUGUACCCUGAUGAGUCGAGAUGUUGGCAGAUUGUAGAUAAAUACAACGUCUCGAUCCUGUACACAGCACCAACACUCAUACGAACACUCAUGAAAUACGGUGAAGCACCUGUUAAGAAGUACAGCCGUAAAUCACUUCGGGUCCUUGCCACCGUAGGUGAACCCAUCAACCCAGAGGCCUGGCUCUUCUAUUACAACGUCAUAGGAGAUGCAAGAUGCUCUAUCUCAGAUACAUUCUGGCAGACGGAAACAGGAGGUCACACAUUGACCCCUCUCCCCGGUGCAACUCCUAUGAAACCUGGCUCAGCAACAUUCCCAUUCUUCGGUAUUGCACCUGCUGUGGUGAAUGAGAAAGGAGAGGAACUAGAAGGAGUAUGCGAGGGUUAUCUGGUAUUCAAGCAGCCCUGGCCUGGUGUAAUGCGAACUGUGUAUGGAGAUCAUGAGCGCUAUGAGAGUACGUACUUCAGACAAUUCCCAGGUUACUACAAGACCGGAGAUGGAUGCAAGCGAGAUGAGGAUGGGUAUUACUGGAUCACCGGUCGUAUCGAUGACAUGUUCAAUGUAUCAGGUCAUCUCUUGAGCACCGCAGAGAUUGAAUCAUCUCUUAUUGAACAUAGUAAGAUAGCCGAAGCGGCCGCUGUAGCGUACCCACACCCGACCAAGGGGGAGGCUUGUUACGCCUUUGUAACUCUCAUUGAAGGUGCAGAAUUCAAUGAUAAGCUUAUACUAGAACUCAAGAAACAAGUUCGUUCCAAGAUAGGUCCUUUUGCCGCCCCCGAGGUGAUCCACAAUGCCCCUGGCCUUCCCAAGACACGCUCUGGUAAGAUCAUGAGACGAGUCCUUCGGAAGAUCGCUGUCAACGACCACGACCUCGGAGACGUCUCGACCAUGGCCGACUCCACAGUCGUCGACAUCCUGUUCGAGAACCGUCCCAAAGAGCUCCGAGCCUAACUCCCUCGUACAACUCUCAAAGGCUGAAAUUAGAGUCUUGAUUUGUGAAUGUUAUCUGUCUGACUUCUUCACUCUGUAUUUGUAAUAUUAAUCAACCCAAUCCUCAUUAUCUCCUAACAUAUUCUUCUGGAUACAAGCUAUACUCUCUCUCUCUCUCUCUCUCUCUCUCUCCCUCUCUAUCUGUCGUGAGUAACAUAGAAAUGCAUAAAAUAUAUUUUUUGUACAGAGGAGAAAAAGAAGAUUUUGAUCCAAAUGAUACAUUUUAUCUCAACUUUUUUUAAUGAUCUCAAAUUAAGUUUUGUGCACGAAGAAUCAGAUAUCUUGCUGCACAAAGUUAAAAAAUGAAAACACUGCCUUUGGAUUUUAAUAGUGAAAGGCACAUGGAUAUUACAGUUAUAGUAAUAACCAUAAUAUUUUAGUCAGCAUAUUUUUUUUUUUUUUUUUUUUGUUAUAGAUGUUUCUUUUUGAACCAAACUUCAUUUUGUAAUUCUUGUAUGUCCCACCUCUAUGUAAUCCUGUUAUGAAUGGUUAUAAUUACAUAUUGACAGGUGUUUCUUUCUUUUGACUUGUAAGGAAGAAAUGUACAGUUGACAACUGAAUUAUUCAUACCCUUGCCACAAUUUUGUAAAUUUAUAAGUAUGAGAAAAUAUUGAGUUGUCCAGAUUUCUUUUUCUUGAGAAUCUGACAUAUUAAAGC